AUGUCGGGGUUCCCCCCUGAAUCCGGGAUUCCUCCCCCGAUGGUGUCGGGGCCCCCGUUUCGGGGGCCGCUGACGGGUGCUGGGGCCGCUGCUGGGGGCCCCCGAUGCGGGGCGCUCAUCAGGUACAGCGGGGGGCCGCCGGGGGUAACGUGGGGGUACGGGGAUGUUGGGGGGCCCCCCAAAAACGGGUACGCGGGGAAAUGGGUGCCCGGGGAAAAUGGGCCCCCAGGACCCCCAGGACCCCCCAGCCCGCGGCCGUGGCCGCCCGGGUGGCGCAGAAACAGCUCGGGGUGCAGCGCCCCCGGCCCGGGCCGAGCCUGGCCCGGAUCUUCCAGGAGGACCCCAGUGUUCUGUACUUCGGGGCCCAGCGGGGCCGGGAGCCGCCCCCGAGCGCCGGGGACGGACCUGGAGAGGGGAUUCAGUGUGGAGCUGCACUGGGAACAGGCCGCUGUCACCGAUGGCGAUUUCGCCGCCGCCGCCUUCAACAUCCUGCUGCCCAUCGGCCUGCAGUUCCAGCCCCAGCUCGUCCUGGUCGAGGCUUCGCUGGAGGAUUUGGGGGGCGCCCUGGGCGUGUCCCCGGCCGGGUUCUCUCUGCUCACCCACCUGCUCUCGGCGCUGGCCCGGGGGCGGCUGCUGCUGCUGCUGCAGGGGGGGCCGGAUUUGGGGGCGUCCCCGGGGGGGGUGGGGGCCGUGCUGCGGACCCUGCUGGGGGACCCCGGGGACCCCCUCGGGCCCAUCGCCCCCACCCCCAGCGGCCUGGCCAGCAUUGCCCGCACGCUGAGCGUCCAGCAGCGCUACUGGGGCUGCCUGCAGAGCUUCGGUGAGGGGAACCCCGACACCCGCGGGGCGCCCCGAAACCCCGGGGGCACCCAGAAUACGAGGGGGCACCCCGGAAUCCCACAGGGACACCCCAAAAUCUGAGGGGGCACGCCGAAAUCCCACAGGGACACCCUGAAAUCCCAGAGGGAUACCCCGAAAUCUCAGGGGCACCCUGAAAUACCGGGGGGACCCCGAAAUCCCACAGGGACACCCCAAAAUCCCAGGGAGCACCCAAAAAUCCCAAAGGGACCCUGAAAUCCGGGGGGACCUCGAAAUCCCAAAGGCACACCCCGAAAUCCCACAGGGACAUCCCAAAAUUUCACAGGGGCACCCGGAAAUCCCACCGGGACACCCCAAAAUCCCGGGACACCUCAAAAUCUGAGGAGGGACCCCAGAAUCCCAAAGGGACACCUGAAAUCCCACCGGGACACCCCAAAUCCCUGGGACACCCUGAAAUCUGAGGGGGGCACCCCAAAAUCUAUGGGGACAUCCCAAAAUCCAUGGGGGGGACCUCGAAAUCCCACAGGGACACCCCAAAAUCUGAGAAGGGACCCCAAAAUCCCACAAGGAUACCUUGAAAUCCCAAAGGGACAUCUCGAAAUCCCAAAGGGACACCCCAAAAUCCUGGGCGGGGAGGGCGCUUUAACCCCCCAAAACUGAGCUCAGGCUUUGGGGGGAGCGCUAGGCCCCGUUGCUAAGGAGCCUCCUUGGUUGCUAGGCCACCAUAUUGGCUCGCCGCCAUCUUGGUUUCCUUCAGGGACUUCCCCAAACAC